UACAUCAACUAAACUGUCGUUUAUAUGAUCUUAAAUGCAUUACGAUGGUAUUCUUCGGAAGUCGUUAAAUUCACGAUGAGAGUGGAGAAUGUGAAAAGGGCAGACUCUUGAUUCUUCCCGUCAUACAUCGAAUGUAAAUUGUGUACAAACAUACGCACACCCAACGAUUGACACAAUGAAUCGGCAUUCUUAAUGUAUACGUAUAUACAAGGAGAUUGAGGGUGGAGACCAAGACACUACAAGAAUCGACAGGUCAAAGGAAAAUCUCAUUGGUCUUCACAUACUCCUCACAGACAUUCUGAGGAAGAUCUAUAGCCUUCCUUCAGCCUUACCACAAAUAUCCACCUUUUAAGUCAACCAAUAGAAUGGAGGAAGGACCUUAUAAGUGUGUUCGAGAUGUAAAUGGGACAGUGAGUCGGGUCAUUCGGAUGGGGACCAGGAAAAGCCAGUUGGCUCGCAUCCAGACUGACUAUGUAGCAGAAAAACUGAAGAAUCUUUAUCCAGAUGUAAAUCUGGGAAUAGUUCCAAUGUCCACCAUUGGUGAUAAAAUCUUGGACACUGCAUUAUCCAAGAUUGGUGAGAAAAGUCUUUUCACAAAAGAGCUGGAGAAUGCUCUGGAGAGAAAUGAGGUGGACCUGGUAGUGCAUUCACUCAAAGAUCUCCCUACAACUCUGCCUGAUGGCUUCACUAUAGGAGCAGUGCUUCAGCGUGAAAGCCCCUAUGAUGCUGUGGUGCUACAUCCAAAGAACAGUGGACUGACCUUGGACUCUUUGCCAGAUGGCAGUGUGAUUGGAACUAGCUCUCUGCGCCGGGCUGCACAGCUGAAAAAGAGGUUUUCUCAUCUCGAGUUUAAAGACAUUCGGGGGAACCUCAACACUCGUCUGAAGAAGCUGGAUGAGAAGGAAGACUACUCUGCCAUCAUCCUGGCCGCAGCAGGGUUGAAGAGGAUGGGCUGGGAGACACGAAUCAGCCAGGUUCUCAACCCUGAAGACUGCAUGUAUGCUGUUGGCCAGGGCGCUCUGGCCGUUGAAGUACGAGCACGGGACAGCGACAUCCUAGAGAUGGUGUCCAACCUGCACCACCCUGAGACAGUGCUGCGCUGCAUCGCUGAAAGAGCCUUCCUGAGACGCCUGGAGGGAGGCUGCAGUGUCCCAGUCGCUGUGCACACAGAAGUGAAGGAUUCAGUGCUCUCGCUAACUGGUGCUGUGUACAGCCUGGAUGGAACCGACUGCUUAAAGGACACAAUGGAAGCCAGCAUCACACCAGGCAACCAGGCAGAGGAGUCCGCCGACUUCCAGCAUGUUGGGGUGACAGCCCUGAACGUGCCUCAGUUUUCCCAGGUAGCAGCUGAGAAACUGGGGGUGGCCCUGGCUGAUCUCCUGCUCAGCCAAGGAGCGAUGGAGAUUCUGACCACUGCUCGGAAACUCAACGACGCCCGCUGAAAAAUAUCCUCUCUGCAUAGUGACUCCCAAAUUGCUUCGUACACCUUCCUUUGGAUCUCUUGUUUAAGGAAAACAAGUAGUGAACAAAUUGAGAAGGGCUGCCAGACAAUACGCUAGCCAGCAUCAGCAUCAAGACCAGCUUAUGUCUGUCAGGGCCUUUAAUAAUGCCUCGUCUUGUACGGAUUCACCUUCGUUGGACAAUUGUAUAAGAUAACAAUUUAAUUAUCCUAUUUAUGUAUCACUCAACAUGCUCUUUAGAAUAGACAAAUUCCAGGUCAAGAUUUGUAUAAAUGCUGAGGUUAUAGAUGUAUCACACCCACACCUCACAUUGAUUAUAACAUUCAAACUCUCUGAUCACUUACUACCUAAGGCAAGAGUAUUUCAAAUGUUAAAAAAAUGGACAAGAUCAAAAUAUUGACCAACUGAACUACACAUUGACUCCCUGAACAAAAGUAAAUUGAUAAAUGCUGGAAUAUACUGACAGAAAAAUGAUAUUAGUGGCUAGAGUGUUGUUACAAAUGACAUAACUGUCAACGCUUACUGGAAAACAUUACCCAUAGUGCCAUAGUUUGUUUAUAUUUUGUAAUGUGCUUCACAUGAAGCUUACAAAUGUGUACAUUUAGUUUGUUUAACCAAAAUAUGCUACUAGACUCUUGUUCCUGAAUAACCACUGGAUACCAACAACCAGAUAUGGGUUGGAAUAUAUUUGUAUUAUCUGACAUUAAAAUUAUUGUUACUGUA